AUGCACGGAGUAGCUCGGUGUGUCUUACCGCCACCUCCCCCUCGCUAUACCAUCCCUGUCGCGUAUGCGGCAGGGGCUGCCAAUGGCAUGGCUGUCCCGGUGGUCGAAACGAACAACACAAUCACUCACCCGGACAGCGGAUGCCCAUUACAAGUCGGAGAAGGUACCUACACACUGAAGGAUGACCUACUACUGGCAACACCGCCGCCUCAUCCGUCAGAAGCGCCAAUUAUCAAUCCCAACCCGCUAGCAACAGUCCCGUCGCCUCCGACAGCAGGCGUCAAGGUCUCACUAGUGAGCCUGGACCCGCGCAAGAAGCCGCCAACUUUCUUGAAGACCGCCGUGGCAGCACCCCAAUUCGGCGAUGGGAACGCGGCCCUAACACCGCCUACGCCACAGGCCAAGGAUGCCUCCAAGAAGCGGAAGCCAAAGAACAACAUCAUCAAGAGCAGUUCCUCGUUCGUCUCGCGAGUCAUAACGCACGAAACGUCAGCGAAGCGACUAAAUGACCGCGACCCAAAUGGUGUUUUUGCCUUUGCGAAUAUCAACCGAGCUUUCCAGUGGUUGGAUCUCAAUUCGGCACAGAAGGAGGAGCACCUCACCAAGGUUCUCUUCACCAAGGCGCACAUGCUGUGCCAUGAUAUCAACGAAGUGACCAAGACGGCGUCGCACCUGGAUAUUGUGAUGGGCUCUUCCGCCGGCGACAUCAUCUGGUAUGAGCCCAUGUCGCAGAAGUAUGCGCGCAUCAAUAAGAACGGAGUCAUCAACAACUCCCCUGUCACAAACAUCAAGUGGUUACCGGGCUCAGAGAACCUGUUCAUGGCGUCGCAUGCAAACGGUGUCUUGGUUGUCUACGAUAAGGAGAAAGAUGAUGCGCUCUUCACCCCCGAAGCCACGGGCCAGUCCGAUUCCAGCCGGUUCCCCCUUGAAGUUUUGAAGUCCGUCCACUCCAAAAACCAGAAGACGAACCCGGUGUCGCUGUGGAAGCUGGCGAACCAGAAGAUAUCUCAUUUCUCCUUUUCUCCGGACCAGCGGCACCUGGCUAUCGUUCUCGAGGAUGGAUCACUUCGAAUCAUGGAUUAUCUGAAAGAAGAGUAUGUCGUAUAUCUGCCCAUUCGUCUUUGUUCUCAGCGGGGGGCUAACCAACAAUCCAGGGUCCUUGAUAUUUUCCGUAGCUAUUACGGCGGCUUGAUCUGUGUCUGCUGGUCGCCUGACGGCAAGUAUAUUGUGACUGGCGGCCAGGAUGAUCUGUUAACUAUCUGGUCCUUCCCCGAGCGCAAGAUAGUUGCGCGCUGCCAGGGUCACAAUUCCUGGGUGUCUGCCGUGGCCUUUGAUCCUUGGCGCUGUGACCAGAAAACCUACCGAUUUGGCAGUGUUGGUGAUGACUGCCGGCUGCUGCUGUGGGAUUUCAGCGUCGGCAUGUUGCACCGUCCCAGGGCGGUUAGUAUCUCCCUCUAUUACUGGAAUCAAUUCCGUCAGAGCCCCUCUAACAAGAUGUAA